AUGUUAUUCUCAGCCCCAUUGUACAUAGAGGAACGACAUUGUGGGUAUUGCAAUGAUUCCAAAACUGAUUAUUUUGCAUUGGAGAGUAAAGCAAAAUUAUUAAAAGAUAAACCACAUAAGGAAACAUCAACUAAAAAAUCAAUAACGUUAGGUACUUCAAUUAUUGAAAUGACAUGUCAAGAAUAUGAUAGUUUAAUUAAUAGUGGGUUUAGAAGAUCAGGUGAUUUCUUAUAUAAACCAGAUUUAUUAAGAACUUGUUGUAGAUUAUAUACCAUUAGAACCAAUAAAUCAUAUUUAGAAAUUUCAAAAAAACAAAGAAAAUCAAUAAAUAAAUUCAUAAAAGAAAUAUGUCCUGAUGAAAAAUUACUUGAUCCAAUACCUAAAAAUUCAUUUAAUUUAAAUAGAUUAUUUGAAGCUCAAUUAAAAUCAAAAAAUUUUAAAGUGAAAUUUGAACCUUCAAAAUUUAGUAAAGAAAAAUAUCAAUUAUAUAAAAAAUAUCAAAUUAGUGUACAUAAUGAUGAUCCCCAAGAUGUUAGUGAAGUUGGAUUUCGAAGGUUUUUAUGUGAUGCUCCAUUUCCCAAAAAUGAAAUUGAAGGUGAAAAAGAAGAUUGGGUUGAUUUAGAUAUUCAUAAUUGGUCUAAAGAAAAACCCAAAAGAAUUGGUCCUACUCAUGUAUGUUAUUAUUUAAAUGAUAAAUUAAUAGCUAUAUCAAUAUUAGAUUUUCUACCGAGUGGAAUAUCAUCCAUAUAUUUUAUAUGGGAUACAGAUUUUGCACAUUUAUCACUUGGUGUAAUUUCAAGUAUUAAUGAAAUUGUAAUGUGUGAAAAAUUAGGUUUUGAUUGGUAUUAUUUAGGUUAUUAUGUUGAAGAUUGUGUAAAAAUGAAUUAUAAAGCAAAUUUUGGUGGUGAAAUAUUAGAUGUAUGUAAUGAAACUUAUUAUCCAAUGAAAGAUAUUAAACCAUUUUUACAAAAUGGAAGAUUAUUUGUUAUUGGAGACGAAGAUCAAAGGGGAGAGUUGAAUUGUGAAGUAAAUGGAAAUGUUCAAUCAAAAAAGCUCAAUGAUGAAGUAAACGUAAGUGAGUUAAUAUAUGGUUCACCAGAAACUGAAGUAGAGGCUAAAAAAAUAGCACAUAUAAUAAGCAAGAAAUAUGGAAUUAAAGGAAAUAAUUUUUAUAAAAUCCCAAAUGUGAUGCCUGGUCUAAUACCGCUUUGGAAAAUUAAAAUGUGGUUAGAUGAAGGAAAGAUAAGUAAUUCAUACUCACAAAAUAUCCUGUUGAGUGGGAAUGAUAUGGAGUAUAGAUUUGAUGAAUUAAAUUCACAAGGUAAAUCAAUAAUAAUUGAUAGUAUUAGAGUAUUUGGUUUAGAAAGGGUUAAAAAUUCAACAAUUGUAAUAUAA